AUGGAGAUCCAUCAACAAAGCCAACGUAAUUUGAAACAAGCAUUGUUGGCUGGUGGCAUGGCUGGUACAGCUGUCGACACUGUCUUAUUUCCUUUAGAUACUAUCAAAACUCGAUUACAGUCUCAAGCUGGUUUCAUGGCUUCUGGAGGUCUUCGUGGUGUUUAUUCUGGUCUCCUUGCUGCUGUCGUUGGUAGUGCACCCAGUGCAUCCCUAUUUUUUGUUACAUAUGAAGCUACCAAACGUGUCCUGAGCACUUCCAUCGAUCCAACCUAUGCUCCUCUUAUACAUAUGGUUGCAGCUUCUUGUGGUGAAGUGACAGCGUGCAGUGUUCGUGUACCAACCGAAGUAGUAAAACAACGGAUGCAAACCAAACAAUUCAACUCGGCAUCUUCAGCGGUUUCCAACGUUGUUCGUACUGAAGGAAUCCUUGGACUUUAUCGUGGUUUCCUAUCUACUGUAGCUCGCGAAAUUCCAUUCACUUGUAUUCAAUUCCCUUUAUACGAAUAUUUCAAACGUAUCUAUGCAAAUCGUUAUGGUCGACCUGCUGAACCUUAUGAAGCAGCUCUUUGUGGAUCUUUAGCUGGUGGUAUUGCGGCUGGUAUAACUACUCCUUUGGAUGUUUGCAAGACCCGAAUCAUGCUAUCUACCAAGAAUCAAAACACAAAACAAUAUACCGGUAUCUUAUCAACCAUGAAACGGGUGGCAGCAGAAGAAGGACCUCGAGCAUUACUGUCUGGACUUGGACCAAGAGUAAUGUGGAUCUCUAUUGGUGGAAGUAUCUUUUUAGGUGUAUAUGAAAAGGCUCUCAAGACGUGUACUCAAUUACGGCUAUUGGAAAACGAACGAUAUUAG